AUGGACGUGGCAGGACAGGCCACCGUCCUGAACCCCGCCCAAAGCUCUCAGGAGCUGUUUGAAGAGGCGGAGACAUUAGUUUAUCAAUUGAAUCACCCCACGGGGGCUGUCAAAGACAACAUCAAAUCAAUACAAGAUAAACUCCAACAGAUUCAAAAAUCACCCCAGGGCUGGGAUGUGGCUAGAUAUCUGUUAGACCACCCUGAUUCUAGCACCAGAUUUUUUGGUGCAUUGACAUUUAUCGUAAAGAUAAAUCAAAGCUGGUCUGACCUUUCCAUCGAGGCAAUUCAACAACUCAAGAACUAUCUUAUAGGUUCCUACGUCACUUUUAUUGAAUCGCAAGAAAAACAACUGGUGACUAGGAAGCUCUCAGCAGCCCUGAUAGCUAUCUUCUUUGCCGAUGAAUCAUGGACUCACCCAAUUCAAGACAUUGCGACCUUCUUCUGGCAACAUGGCCGUGAGGCGUCCUCUGAAAUCGACUACGAGGGAAUGGUUCUGCCUGCCCUCAACGAGGCGCAGAUCUCAGGAUUGCUUUCUUUUUCGCAAACAAUGGCCGAGGAUUGUGUCAAAAGUUGUGGCCUUCUUCGAAAAAGCACCGGUAACCAUCCGGUUACAGAGAGCAUAGAAGAUGCUUUUAGUUUGUGCAACUAUGUUCUUGGAGCAUUACUGAACCAGUACAGAGCUGAGGGCGAUGUUACUGAGAAGACCGGGUUUGAAGUACUAGAUGCUUGUCGUGCGUGGAUCAGUGUGCGAACCUCUAUAUACCUUCGCGACCGUUCCGAGUCACACAAUGUGCAAAGCACAAUUGAUCGAUUGAUUCUGUGUGUCGACAUUACGACUCUUUGCAGCCAUGCAACAGACAUUCUAGCCGAUAUGCUCAACAUGGAGGAUCGUUUACUCAAACCGGUUCACCUUCAAUUUAUCUUGAAUUACAUUCAAGGUGAUCAAGGAGCUGAGCUAGCACAAAGACUAAAUGAUGGAGAUUAUGAUGACGAUGCUAUGUCAUUCUGGGACCUCAUCGAAGGAUAUACCCAAUCCAGAAGGGUAGACCUCGUUACUGACAGUCUUGGGCCGAGUCAUUCUGUGCUUCUGACGUAUCUUGAUGUGCUGUUCCAAGGCCCUGGUCAUCCUGGAGUUGAUGAUAUCAUAGCUCCUCGUCUAUUGGAAUGGUGGACUGAAACAGCAGAUACACUGCUAGACGGUGUAGAGGAAGGACUUGAAGAGGCUCGCCAACACCUUGCAAAAGCAGUACUCAAUGUUUAUAAUCGGCUGAAAUGGCCUACAGAGGAAGAGUAUGAUGAAUGGCUUGCUGAUGAAAGAAGCGAAUUCUACAACUUCAGGCGGGAUACCGAAGAUUUCCUGCUUACCUCAUAUGCAACGUUGGGCCUGGAGCUGUUCGAUCUAUUCCGCCAGAGAGCUGUUUCUGCCUUGGAUGUGGACGAUUGGAACGAAUUUGAGGCUGCCUGUUUUUGCUUGUCUCAACUUGCUGAAGCUGUUGACAGUUCUGAGGCUGCUCUUGAUCAUCUGAAUGCUAUAUUCACAUCCGAUAGAUUCACGCAGAUAUGUCUUAACAGCGAUCGACUACCCACCAAAACUCGGCAGACUCUAGUUGAUAUGCUUGGUAAAUACCAAGGCUACUUUGAGCGCAAUCCAGGCCUUCUGCCCAAAGUGCUAACCUUUCUGUUUUCAUCCUUGAAUGUUGGAUCAUGCACCAACAAUGCAUCGCGCUCUAUCGGGUUUCUUUGCAAAUCGUGCCGCCAAGCUCUAGUUGCCGAACUUCCUGUGUUCUUGAGGAUAUGCAGCGAGUUCCAACAAAGUCAAGCCGUUACUGUCCAGAGCUUGGAACGUGUUGUCGAAGGAAUCGCUGCUGUUGUCCAGGCACUGCCGUCCGAAGAGGCAAAGGCACCAUGCAUAGACGAAUUAUUAAGACCGUUCUUUUCUCAGACAGUAUCUGCACGAGAUGAUGCGUCAAGAGGAGACAUUGAGUCUGCUCAUAGUCGUGGCCAACUAGCUCUUAAAUGUAUUGCAGGAAUCGGUCGGGGACUUCGGAGCGAUGAUUCAAGGGUUAUUGAUCUUGACAGCGAGGAAACGCCAUCGGAUGACAAUUCAUUCUGGAACGUCCAUCCUCUUCAAGACCAACUACGCCAGUGUCUUUUGAUUUAUCUAGAUGGCUUCCCCUUGGAGCAUGAGAUUAUUGAGGGUAUCUGUGAAGUCUUGAAGGCUGGAUUCACAGAGAAGAUUGGGCCAUUUGUAUUCAGACCUGCAAUUACAGUGCACCUUCUUACAACCGUGCCGCUCGGGGCAGCCGGAGCAGCCGACGUUGUGAUGAGCACAGCAAGCUCGUUUCUUGCCUCGUAUCAGAGCAGCCCGGGAAAAGUGCAAGAGGAGGCUGCUUUAUUGUUCAUACAUGUUUACUGGACGUUUUCGCUUAUGAUGCAGAAUCCACAAAGCCACGACCCUGAGGUUUCAAAUAGUGGGAUCUCAUUCUUGACUCGAUCACUGCCCAAGUAUCAUGAGAUUCUCUUCUCAUUGACAUCAGCCCCAGCUACUUCUACGUUCCGCAUUGCUACGCCACCACCUAACAUGAACAUGGAAAUUCCGGUAUUACAAACAAUCUUGAACUUCGUUAGCAACGCACUGUCUGGUCGGGAACCAUUACCACUACGAUCAGCCUCUCAGUUCUGGGUCGGCGUUCUCACAUUGCCGAAUGCAACGAAUGGUACGACGAACGUAUCUCGAGCGAUUCAAGAAUAUCUACCGAGUCUGUGCCACGUUCUAAUGACACAAUUGAGCGGAGCAUGUGCCAGAUCAGAUAUCAACCAUCUCUGCGAAGUGCUGAAGAAAAUCAUUUUUAACUUUCAAGGGGAAGCUCGAAAUCAUCUCGCUGCGUCGCUGGCGUCAUUGGCAGGUCCAAAUGACACUCCAGCUGGUCUGUCGAAAGAAAGGGAGAGAUUUUUAGCGAUGCUGCUCGGAGCAAGAGGAGGAUCUGCGACGCAGGAGAUUGUUCGUACAUUCUGGAUUAAUUGUCGCGGUGCAGGGUUUGCAUAUCAAGCUUGA